AUGAAGACACAUCCUCUAAUUGAGAGUGAGAGUGAUGGAGACGAUUGUGGGCAUGGAAGUGUAAAUGAAGACAAAGGAGAUAUAAAUAGCAAAGAGAACAAAAUUGGACAUCACGUUAUUGUCAAAUAUGAUAAUAGCUUUUAUCCGGGAAAAAUAAUAGAAAAAUAUAUUUCCAAAUAUUUGAUAUCUGUAAUGGUGUCAAGCAGCAUAAAUAAAUGGAGGUGGCCAGUCAAUAAAGAUGAAAUUUGGUACGAUAAAGAGGAAAUUACUCAAAUAAUUCCAGAACCAAUUGGUUUAAAUAAAAGAGGAAUUAUCUACUAUUAA